UAUCGCGGGAGUAGUACUACUGUACUACGAAACAACCCAUGCGCAUCUCCUUCCCAAACAUAGGGGGAGGAGACCGCUCCAGUCUCCACCCUCUACCUCGCCUCCAGUCGCCAGACGGCGCCACCUCCGCCGCCUGCCGCCGCCCGUCUGCGGAAUGGUCUGCGCCCCGACGGCGGGGGUGGAGGUGCUGCCGCCUCGCGGGGGUGUCUCCGCCCGGCGCUCCUGGCCGCCGAGCUGCGGCCGCGUCCCCGAGAACGGCGACGGCGAGAGGGGCGUCCAGGGCACGGCGGACGAGGCGGCCGGCCACGCGGGCGUUUCCUCUGCGGCGUGCAACGGCGGGCUCCCGCGCGAACCCCCUCAGCCGCAGCCGCCCGGCGACGGGGAUGCACGUCCCUCAGAUAGCCAGGCAGAGAUCAGGGCGCUAGAUGUGAUGCCGCUGGCGUUCGCUGCCCCACGGAAAUGUGCCGUUGCUCCUGCUAAUGGUUCCAUGGAAGAUGGCGGUCGUAUGGCCGAUUCGUUGAAUGUGGAGGGGCAAUUGGUCAGGGAUGAGGAUGUUGUUAUUGGCAAUGGAGAUGACAGUGUUGUGGGAAGCAGAGUGGACGACGGUGAAUUGGAGAGGGAGGAGGACGAGAGCAGAAAGAAGAGGUGGUCGGCAUCUGUCAUGAAUCCGCCUCCCAAGAGGAGAGCGGUCUCAGCCAAGCGCAGAUUUCCGCCUGGCUGUGGGAGUGUUGCUGCUACCGGCAUCGGCGUCAGAGGUUGUGGUGUUUCUCUGAUGUUGAAGCGAGAUGAUUCUAAUCACGAAACAGAAAGCAAAAGAGAAGAGGUCGGAGGUGCCACCGAGGCACACAAUCAUAUGCAAGAAUCUCAAGUCGUCAAUUGUGUUGCUCCAGAUGAUUUUGCAGACCGUCCGCAAAAUUAUGUUGGUCAUGGCGCUUCUCCGAUUUUGAGGCGAGAUAAUUCUAAUAAUGAAACAGAAGGCAAAAGAGAAGAGGUCGGAGGUGCCACCGAGGCACACAAUCAUAUGCAAGAAUCUCAAGUCGUCAAUUGUAUCACUCCAGAUGAUUUUGCAGACCGUACGCGAAAUUAUGUUGGUCAUGGUGCUUCUCCGAUUUUGAGGCGGGAUGAUUCUAAUCACGAAACGGAAGGCAAAAGAGAAGAGGUCGGAGGUGCCACCGAGGCACACAAUCAUAUGCAAGAAUCUCAAGUCGUCAAUUGUGUCACUCCAGAUGAUUUUGUAGACCGUCCACGAAAUUAUGUUGGUCAUGGUGCUUCUCCAGUUUUGAGGCGAGAUGAUUCUAAUCACGAAACAGAAGGCAAAAGAAAAGAGGUCGGAGGUGCCACCGGGGCACACAAUCAUACGCAAGAAUCUCAAGUCAUCAAUUGUGUCGCUCCAGAUGAUUUUGCAGACCGCCCACGAAAUUAUGCUGGUAUGAAGACAUGCCAAUCAUUUUUCGCUUGUGGGUGUGCCUAUAUAGUGGAUGCCUUGCUCACGAUUACAAUUUCAGGUCAUGGUGCUUCUCCGAUUUUGAGGCGAGAUGAUUCUAAUGUGGAUAUAGAAGGCAAAAUAGAAGAGGUUGGAGGAGCUACCGAGGCACACAAUGAGAAGAUCCAAGAAUCUCAAGUCGUCAACGUUAUUGUUCAAGAUGGUUUUGCAAGAGGCCAACGCGGCCAUGAUAAUCCGCUAAAUGAUGUUACAGACGACUCACCAAGACAUAGUUUCUCAGAGCAGAUGAAUGGUAGAAGACUAUUACGUGAAAGGAAGCGCGCACCACUAGUAGUGGGGAACACUGAGAUUAGAAGCAGACGCGAAGGACGUGUGCAUGAUGGCACUCCGAGGACUCAUCCAAGAGGCCCACUUAAUGUGAAGAGAAAGGGCAAGAGUGCAGAGAUUGUCAAGAUCAAUGUGACAUUGGUAGAUGAUGCAGGGGUGAUUGACGUGAUACGCUCGGCAUCCAAGUGUGGAGAGCAUGUUGCGACCAAUCAAAUUGAAGAUAAGGAUGGUGUGGGCCUUAAUACUAAUAGGGUAAUUAUACAAGCAUUGAUGGCUCCAGACAGAUGCCCUUGGACGCAACGAAAGAAAUCUAUUGCCAGUGUUCCUAAAUCGCUUGGUCCUAGGAAAAAUGUGAAGAAAAAGGUUGCUACUCCAAGGAAAGAAUUGCACUCCAAAGUUACCCCUUCUACACCGGCUAGGCGCAAGGCAAGAGAGGGCGGAGAAGAUUCCUCCUCAAAAGAUGAUGAGAAAUCUUUGGCACGACUUGCGCAUGAAAGAAAUAAUAAAUCAUGCGUCAACAUCUCUCGAUGUCCUCCUUCCGACGAGGUGAGUGUUCAUAAGAUUGAUGAGAGAAGUCGAUUGAGCGAUCCAAAGGAUGUACCACUUGUAGCGGGGGUUGUUGAUGUAAAAACCAAAUGUGAAGGAAGCUUGCAAGAAGGUACUCCGAGGAACCAUGUGAGAGCUCUUGUUAAUGUGAAGACAAAGGGCAAGAAACCAGAUAAUGUCAAGGUGAAUGUGACAUUGUUAGAUGAUAGGCGGGUCUUUGAAGAUGACAAGACGAGAAACCAAAUUUCAAGAACUCGGAGAGGAGUGGCGCGCUCCUCAAAUAUUAAAAACGUGAAGAAAGGCAUGUUUGCUCAUAAGCGCGAUGGCAUCGACAAGGACUCUGGGAAUAAGUUCACAAAGGAGUCUAAGUGUGGGGAUCAUCUUCAGACUGAUCAAAUUAAAGAAAAUGAUAAUGUCGGCCUUGUUACCAACAAGAUGACUGUAUUAGCAUUGAUGGCUCCUGACAAAUGCCUGUGGACAGAAGGGAAGAGGUCUAUUGUUGGUGUUUCUCAGUCUCUCACUUGUAGGAAUAAUAACUCUCUUACCGUUCAUGAAGGCCUUUGUUUGUCUGACAUAUCUCAAGGAAAAGAGAGCAUUCCCAUAUGUGUGAUCAACACAAUUGAUGGCGUGCUGCCAACGCCAUUUAAGUACAUCACCAAAGUCAUAUAUCCGCCCUCAUAUGCAAAAGCACCUUCAAUAGGCUGUGACUGCACUAAUGGUUGCUCGGACUCUAGUGAAUGUGCUUGUGCUGUGAAAAAUGGAGGGGAGAUCCCAUUCAAUUUGAAUAGCGCAAUUGUUUAUACAAAGCCUCUCAUAUAUGAGUGUGGCCCAUCAUGCAGGUGCCCACCAACAUGCCACAAUAGGGUGAGCCAGCACGGCCCCAAAGUUCCACUGGAAAUAUUCAAGACUGGGAAGACAGGUUGGGGUGUAAGAUCCCUCAGUUUUAUCCCUUCAGGUAGUUUCGUAUGUGAGUAUGUAGGUGAGGUAUUGCAAGAGACAGAAGCUGAGAGGACAGAAAAUGAUGAGUACCUUUUUGAUAUUGGUCGUGACGAUGACGAUGACGAUGAUGAUGACGAUGACGAUGAUGACGAUGAAGAAAAAGAUUCACAAUCUUCUAAAUCCGAGAUGACAGCGGAGGGCUUGGGCUAUACAAUAGAUGCUGCAAAGUGUGGUAAUGUUGGAAGAUUCAUCAACCAUAGCUGCACUCCAAACAUGCAUGCACAGGAUGUUCUCUGGGACCAUGAUGAUAAGAGGAUGCCGCAUGUUAUGCUUUUCGCCGAAAAGAAUAUCCGUCCGCUACAAGAGCUUACUUACGAUUAUAAUUAUAACAUAGGUAAUGUGCGCAAGAAUGGCAAGGUGAAGGAGAAGAAAUGCUUCUGUGGUUCGUCGAAGUGCCGCCUCAGGCUUUACUAAGGUAUUGGUGACUGAUGAUGGUAAUGUUCAUAUUUCGGCGGAAUGCAGUCCUGUCAGCGCAGUGCUCCUUGGUCUUACUCUCCCGGUCACCUUGCAAUUGUCGAUGGCUUGUGAUGUUUUUUUCUUGCUACCCUAGCGUUGAAUUAGUACUGCUUUUUAAAGAGCUGCAUUAGCUCAUUCUGCUGUUAGCUUUAUGUUCAGAACCGAACCUGUACUGGGUACAUGAGUUCUGGCUGUAGCUUUUCUCUGUCACAAAUUUUACAUAAUCAAGCAUUGUUGCUGUCCUUUUAA